CCAUGCAGGCCCCGCCCCGGCUCAUUUCUUGCCGGUUCUCGCGAGGUUUGAGGCCGCAGGGCCGGCCCGGGAGGCUGCAAUAUGGCGGAGGCGGAAGGGGAAAGCCUGGAGUCCUGGCUGAAUAAGGCCACCAAUCCUUCCAACCGCCAGGAGGACUGGGAAUACAUAAUUGGCUUCUGUGAUCAGAUCAACAAAGAGCUUGAAGGGCCACAGAUCGCUGUCCGGCUGCUGGCCCAUAAGAUCCAGUCUCCACAGGAAUGGGAGGCAGUCCAGGCCCUGACGGUGCUGGAGGCCUGUAUGAAGAACUGUGGCAGGAGAUUUCAUAAUGAAGUGGGGAAGUUCCGGUUUUUGAAUGAGUUAAUCAAAGUCGUCUCUCCGAAGUACCUGGGGGACAGGGUGUCUGAGAAAGUGAAGACCAAGGUUAUUGAGCUGCUUUAUAGCUGGACGUUGGCUCUGCCAGAAGAAACAAAGAUCAAGGAUGCUUAUCACAUGCUGAAGAGACAAGGCAUAGUGCAGUCUGACCCCCUGAUCCCCGUGGACAGGACACUGAUUCCCUCUCCACCACCUCGUCCCAAAAACCCUGUUUUUGAUGAUGAGGAGAAAUCCAAGCUUUUAGCCAAGUUGUUGAAAAGCAAAAAUCCAGAUGACCUACAAGAGGCCAACAAGCUCAUCAAGUCCAUGGUGAAGGAAGAUGAGGCACGGAUCCAGAAGGUGACCAAGCGUCUGCACACUUUAGAGGAGGUUAAUAACAACGUAAAGCUGCUCAAUGAGAUGCUGCUUCAUUACAGCAAAGAGGAUUCUUCGGAGGCAGAUAAAGAGCUCAUGAAGGAGCUGUUUGAUCGGUGUGAGAAUAAGAGGCGGACGUUAUUCAAACUAGCCAGUGAGACAGAGGACAAUGACAAUUGCUUGGGGGACAUCCUGCAGGCCAGUGACAACCUCUCCCGGGUCAUCAACUCUUACAAAACAGUCGUUGAAGGGCAGGUCAUCAAUGGUGAGGUCGCCACCUCAGCCAUUCCAGACUCUGAAGGAAACCACUCCAGGAACCAAGGCACUCUCAUCGACCUUGCGGAGUUGGACACACCAAGCAGCUCAUCCUCGGUGUCGGCCCCGGCGCCACCGCCUUCUGGCAUCCCUGUCCUCCCUCCGCCUCCCCAGACCUCGGGCCCUGGGCGCAGCCACCCAUCCAGCCAUGCGGAGGCUACCCCGGGUCCCACCAGCACAAGCAAUGCCCUCUGCCUGCUGGACGAGGAGCUGCUCUGCUUGGGCCUUGGUGACCCAGCCCCCACUGCUCCUCCCCCAGAGUCCGCUGGAAACAGCCAGUGGCCCCUGUUCCAGAACGAGCAGUCGGACCUGGACUUCGGCGGCCCCAGGCCCGGGAGUGCUGCCGCCAGCCCCUCGGCCGGGCCUCUGGUCCCGCCCUCAGCACCAUCUGCAGGCAGCCUCCAGGCUCCGCCGCCGCCCUCCUUCCCGGCGCCUGCAGUCCUAGCCAGCGUUCCUGCCCCCAAACCAGGCUCCUUCUUGUUCCCAGCUGGACCGGCCCCCACCCCAAAGGCUGAGCCCACAGCCCUCGGGUACCAUGGCUCAGCUUUGGGCGAUAGCACCCUGCACCAGCUGGAUGCCCUUGAUCAUCUUCUUGAAGACACCAGAGCGACAUCAGGUCUGGUGAAACCUGUCUCCUCCAUCUUCUUCCCCGGGGCCACCACCUCCCCUCUGGUCCCCACUAGUACCACUGCUCGGCCUCUCCUCCCCUUCUCCCCGGGGCCCGGCAGCCCUCUCUUCCAGCCCCAGGGCAGCCCCAUGAAGGGGCCAGAGCUCUCGCUGGCCAGUGUGCACGUCCCCCUGGAAUCUAUUAAGCCUAGCAGCGCCCUUCCUGUGACAGCCUAUGAUAAAAAUGGCUUCCGCAUCCUCUUCCACUUUGCCAAGGAGUGUCCGCCUGGACGGCCUGAUGUGCUGGUGGUGGUAGUGUCCAUGCUGAAUACAGCUCCCUUGCCCAUCAAGAGCAUCGUGCUGCAGGCUGCAGUGCCAAAGUCAAUGAAGGUGAAGUUACAGCCACCCUCUGGGACAGAGCUGUCUCCAUUUAGCCCCAUCCAGCCACCUGCAGCCAUCACCCAGGUCAUGCUGCUGGCAAAUCCGCUGAAGGAGAAGGCGAGGCUUCGGUAUAGGCUGACCUUCGCCCUGGGAGAGCAGCUGAGCACAGAGGUGGGCGAGGUGGACCAGUUCCCUCCUGUGGAGCAGUGGGGUAACCUAUGACUCCAGAGGACUCCGUGUCACCUCCGCACUGAAGCUCAGGCAGGCUGCCGCGAGACAGGAGGGCUCUCUGGUCUAGUCAUUCUCCACAUCCUGACUGCAGUGUCUAGAGCUUUCAUCUGGAACAGGGGCCCUGGGCGUUGCUGCUGGGAGCCAAGCUGCUGCUGUGAUGAUCUCUCUGUUGGCCCCCUAAAAGGACCUGAUUUUUUUUGUCUACCUGUGUGACUUGAAGUGGCCAUGUACCGUCAGGGGUGGGGAGUGGCCCCAGACUCUGCACGGUUGCCCUGGGGACAUGGACCCAAGGUGGGGGAGGUUCCCCCCCCCCCCCCCCGCUGGCAUCCUGAUGCCGUAAGUGGGGAGGUCUCUAAGGAAACAUGGGACCCUCCCUCAAGGACUGUGUUCGCACACCCCUAGAGGCCUCAGCCCCCCAUUGCUACUUCGUGCUUCCCCUGCUGGCAGGUUCCUGCUUCCACGUCCUGGGAGGUGGGCAGAGCCCGGCGGUCCCGAGUGGCCCUGGCCACAGAGAAGUCGCUGCACUGCAGGAUCCCCAGCCCUGCCUUCCACGGGCAGCAGCGUCCUGGAAUGGCCACUGGGUGAGGAGUUGUGUGCUCGUCUCUGGCGGUGGCAGGCUGUGUCCUAUGGACAUCACAGUGGGAUAUGAACCUCAGCCUAUUAGAAACAGAACUUGGCCUUGUGGCAGCCAAAACUAAGGAUACAAAAGAAAAUGGAAGAGAACCAGUGUUUCCCCUUUUCUGGAAGCAGAUACUCAAAGCUUUCCAGGAAAAGUGUGUGCCUCCUGCCUUGGGAAUAGGCCAUCCUACUCACUACCUCUUGCUUGGCAUGAAAUAAACUGCUCUCCUUCCCUUCAAGUCUGUGAAGGAAAGGACAAGUCCCAUCA